AUGCCACGUUCCUUUUUGGUGAAGAGCAAAAAGGCUCAUACCUAUCACCAACACCGCUUUGUGGAAGAUGACCUGCCGAUACUCACGUGGGACCCAGUAACCUCUCCCUUCGCUGGCAGAGCAGACAAGACAGCGGAGGACAUCAACAAGCAGGACAUAGAAUGUGUGGUUCCAAAACAAGAAAAGUACCCACCUGAACUGAAAGAAGAGACUGGCCCUGUCCAGUACGUGAGCAGGAUGCUGCCAGGCCCUUCAGCUCCAGAGACGGCCAUCCCAGGUCUGCAGAUCAAAGACUGCACUAACACGACGAGCACCCCUGCCUUCUACAAAACCAGCUUUUCUUGGGAUGCUUUCCAUUUGCCAUACAGCUACCGACAGAUGUCUUCCACCAUGCAGUCAGCCCUCUUGGAGCACCCCGUUAGCCUGUACGGAAGCCACCUCUUGCCAAGCACCGAGCCCCCUCUAGAUUACAGCGUGCAUUACUCCUCAGACAUGGAGACCUACCACUGUGUGAAGUGCAACAAGGUAUUCUCCACUCCCCAUGGAUUGGAGGUCCAUGUGCGCAGGUCUCACAGUGGAACCCGUCCCUUUGCCUGUGAAGUGUGUGGCAAAACCUUUGGGCACGCUGUAAGCCUGGAGCAGCACACCAAUAUUCACUCCCAGGAAAGAAGCUUUGAGUGCAAGAUGUGUGGGAAGACAUUCAAGCGUUCCUCCACCCUCUCCACUCAUCUACUGAUCCACUCAGACACACGGCCCUAUCCCUGCCAAUACUGUGGCAAACGCUUCCAUCAAAAGUCGGAUAUGAAGAAACACACUUACAUCCACACCGGGGAGAAGCCCCACAAAUGCCAGGUAUGCGGCAAAGCCUUCAGCCAGAGCUCCAACCUCAUCACGCACAGCCGCAAGCACACUGGCUUCAAGCCCUUCAGCUGCGAGCUCUGUGCCAAGGGCUUCCAGCGCAAGGUGGAUCUACGGAGGCACAGAGAGACCCAACACAGUCUCAAGUGA